GGCAGCGUGGCGGGGAGCUCCCCGCGGAGCCGGCGGAGCGGCAGCCGGGGCUCCGCUAAGGCGGGCGGCUGCGGGCUGCGCGCCCGGCCCGGCCCGUCCCUUCCCGGCCCGUCGGAGGGGAGCGCGGGGCCGGCCGGAGCGCUGGCGGGCGCUGGCGCUGCGGUCCCGGCGGCGGGAGCGGGGGCGGCAGCCCGCGGAGCCGGGAGGCGCCUCGGCGCUUUGGCGGGCGGGUCCGGCGCCGUCGGGCGUCCCGGGCUGCCGGUGGUCGAGCGACCAAUCGGGUCGGGCGUGCGGCUGAGUGACGGCGGCCUCCGCCAAUGCCGGGGCAGCCCGGGCCGGGAGGGCUGCGGCCGCCGGGGCUGUGUCGCCGAGUCCCAUUUCUGGUCCCUUCGGCGGCGGCGGCGGUUUGAGCCCGGCCGGAGCGGGGCGAUGCGGGAACGUCGGUUCAAGGCACGGCCACAGUCCGUACCCGCAGCGGCCGGAGGGCUCCUGGUCUCGUUGGAGGAGGUCUGAGGGCUGUGCAGCUGCCAGCGGGUGGCACACAUCCUGUCCCGCAUCCUUCGGAAGGAGAUGCGCCUGGCUGUAGCACACACGUCUCUGCCAAAGAAUGUGCACCGAUUUGGCUUUUUCAUCACUUUUCUUCUUGGAAAAAGAAUGUAUGCGUGUGCAUAUUUCAAUAUCUUUAUGGAUUUAAAUAAAUGAGAGUAUUUGUAAAGCUAUCCAUGAAAUUGGGCCUGACAUCUUUGGCUGAGUUGCACGAUGCUGAAGUCAAGAGUCUAGCUAUUUUCUUUAUUUUUUAGAACGACGCUUCAUUUCAUCUUUUCUGGAAUGGAGAUUUCUUCUCACCAGUUUCACCUCUUGCAGCAACUAAACGAGCAGCGCAGACAAGACUUGUUCUGUGACUGCAAUAUCCUGGUUGAGGGAAAGGUCUUUAAAGCACAUCGCAAUGUGCUGUUUGCCAGCAGUGGCUAUUUCAAAAUGCUCCUUUCGCAGAGCUCGAAGGAGACGACUCAGCCGACGACAGCUACUUUCCAGGCAUUUUCUCCUGACACAUUUACAGUUAUUCUAGAUUUUGUGUAUUCAGGCAAACUGUCUCUCACGGGUCAGAAUGUCAUCGAAGUCAUGUCAGCUGCUAGCUAUUUGCAGAUGACCGAUGUUAUUAGCGUGUGUAAAACAUUCAUUAAGUCAUCGCUGGACAUCAGUGAGAAGGAGAAGGAUCGCUACUUCAGUCUCUCAGACAAAGAUGUAAAUUCAAAUGGCGUGGACCGAUCCUGCUUGUACGGCGCUGGCUGGAGGGCAGAAAGCAGCCCCCCGCAUUCGCACUUAAGCCCAGACCAAGGGACAUGUAUGAUGGGUGGAAACACUUGGAGCAAUUUCAGCUACUAUCCCACUUCUCAAAGAAAUGCCCAGCAGCAGCUGUCCAAACACGAGCAGAGGCAGGAUUCCAUAAAGAAAUCCCGGCACCUGGGACUGCAGCAACCUUCUGACAUUCCUCACUAUAAAUCGAGCAAACUGGAGGACAGGGCUGCCGAGCCCACUGGCCACAUUGCUCAGUCUGAGGAGCAAGUUCAGAUUGAAACAGAAGUUGAAUCUCCUCACGUGGGGUACCAGUACGGCCCAGGGUCUGACGUGAUACCGAGGAGCUUGGCUGUGCCACAGCAGGAGCACGAAUCACCCCGUUCUUCUAAUAAAUCAAAGUCUUCAAAAGCAGACGAGCAGUACGCGAGCAUGCCCUCGAUUCUGGGUGUCAUGGGAAACUGGGCUGAAGAUGAUCUGCCCAGGAUGAGGUUCAAGUGCCCAUUCUGCACUCACGUGGUGAAACGAAAAGCAGACCUAAAGCGUCACCUUCGCUGUCAUACGGGAGAGCGCCCUUACCCUUGUGAGGCAUGUGGGAAAAGAUUUAGCAGGCUAGAUCACCUAAGUAGCCAUUUUCGAACAAUUCAUCAGGCUUGUAAGCCUAUCUGCAGAAAGUGUAAACGCCACGUGACUGAGCUAACAGGACAAGUGGUCCAAGAGGGGACAAGACGUUACAGACUCUGUAAUGAAUGUUUGGCUGAAGCUGGCAUAGACAGUAUUCGCAUUGACUUGGAGGCUGAAGCACCCCUUGAAUUUCCACAAGAUGGGGAUAAGGAUUCCAGGUGGCACUAUGGGGAAGACAACAGAUCUGAUGUGGAGAUUGUGGAGGAUGGGUCAACUGACUUGGUCAUUCAGCAAGUUGAUGACAGUGAGGAUGAAGCAGAUGAAAAGGAAGUAAAACCAAAUAUUAGGUAGUUGCAAGACAAGAAUUGGGAAUUCUGUAUAAGAGGGAGAAUGUACUGUUUUGAACAUAAGCCCUCCACCAGCCUGUUGUUAAUCGUACAGAGACACUGGUUUCUCUUGAACAGGUCCAGACUUGCAUGUAUUUAUGGACAUGCCAUUGAGGCCAUUCUGAGUUUUGUUAUCAGAAUACCCAUACUUUGCUUCACUAGAAAAAUUCCAUCCUUAAAUGAAAUAAUGGAUGAACAAGGAAACUGAAGUACUACAUGAGUAACUUUUUAUAGUAGACAAUGGGUCACUUCUCAAAACCUCUUUUAAGGGAUUGAGGUCUAAAUACUUAAAAAAAAAAAAAAAAGGUCACACAGCGCUGUAAAUUGCCCACUUUUUAAACUUGUAGCGAUGUGGGGUUUAUACAUAAUAUCAUCUGGCGAUAAACAAAGUAUAAAUGCCCCACAUGUCAGAAUAUAAAGAAAACUUCUCUUCAGUAUUCAGAAAUGAAGAUAAUCUUCCACAAAAUUUCGUGAAGUCUUUAUGUUAUGAUGAGGAAAAAAGGCAGCUAAUUAAGAAAAAUGUAAAAAUGUUUUAGCACUUUUGUCUGGAAAAGUACUUUCUUGUACAAUAUAGAAUAAGGAGAAUCUUUAGCAUAUUAUUCCUUCAAGACCUAUUUCUUUACAAGAAAAUAAACACAUGAAUGCUAGUCCUAGUCAACACAUCAGAGAUAAAGUGAUGACAAAUAUGGAUCAUUAAUUGCUGCCAGACGUUUUAUUCAUUCUGAAGAUUGGGAACUCAGACUGGGCUGUGUUUUAAUAACUGCUAGUAAAAUACUCUUUUUUUUAAAACCUCUCAAAAGUGCCAGACUGACAGGACUGGUAGCCCUGCAUCCACAGCAUUGCCAAUGGCAGUGGCAGUUCUCCAUGCCAAGGUGAAGGAAACAAUCCUUACAAGGUUACCUUAGCUGUUGUUUUCUCUCUUUGUCCCCCUUUUUACUUGCCAAUAACAGUGGCAGAACAAUUUGUACAGUAUAUAUGCUAUAUCAUUAGAAAUGGAACUGAUGAGAUUUUCCAUCUGAAACCAUUGACUAUUCUUGUUUGUAUUGACCUGUACUCAAUUUAAACUGAUGAGUUUUAAGAUGGAGUCGCCAAUUUAUAUAUUCCCAAAGUCUUUUGGUCACUAAGUGAACAUACUUUAACCUUUUUCAGUCUUUACUAUAUGCCAGUGAAAACAAGAUGUACUGGAAGUUCUAGACAUCUUAUUUGUGUAAUUUUACCUACAAUCAUACUACAAGAGAUGAAAUGACUAAUGGUCAAGAAAGUUUACUUCUAUAACAAAAUAAGCCACUUUGUUUUGUUACUUAGUGAGUUUAUCUUGACCAGCACUGUAAACAGGAGAGGAGCAGAAGUAUGCUUCUGAGGGCUUUCACUCUGAAUUUUCUUGGACAGAUCUGAGUAUUACUACAGUCUUCAUCCUGUGAUCAUUGAACUCAAUGGCUAUAGGCUUAGAAAACUUUUAUUUUUUUUCUUUUUUACAACUUUGUAAGCAUGUUUGGCUGAAACCCGGGAUUAAUUACAGAACAAUCCCAUAUAUAUAUAUAUAUAUACAUACACACACUAUAUAAUCUAUUUCCCAGGGACAGCUAAAAAGUCAUUAUUUUAUUUUUAUUUGUGUAAAAACUGUAUAGCCUUCUUAGUAUUAUCAUUACCAGAGAGUGCAGCAUUUUAUUUCCAGGCUGCAGACGGCCAGCUGAAAUGACAACUCAAGAACUUCCUACUAAGUUCACAGUGUAAACAUUGAGCGCGCUUCCCCUCAAAUGUGCCAGUGCUUGUAUGUUCUGAGGAGGCGAGAAGUGGUAUUUUGUUAUUCCUACAAAAAUUAUUGUCCGUUGGCUUAGAGUUGGGGAGGGAGAUGGAAAGGGGGAACUUACAAAACUUUCUGAUGACCCAUAUGAAAACAUCUUUUCCAAACAAGACUUACACUUGCCUUGAUUUUAUGUUACACUUUGGUCAGCAGUCCAUAAAAUGGACUUGAUGUGAGAACAACUGGUUAAUUUCUUGGAGCUUAUUACUCCUGAAAUGCGUAUAACUAAAUAGCUAAGAAAUAUUCCUGAGCAACUUUAAAUCAGAUACAGAACAAAGAAAUAUUGAAAAGAAUAUGGAAUUACUUCAGUCAAAUUUCAAGAGAAAAUGCUUGCUGAAAUCAAGUCUAACAGAUUUUUCCGUUUCCCUUUACAUUAAACAGUAUGCGCAAUAAAUUCUGGGUAUCAGUGCCUGCUGCCCCAGAAUAUAAAGUGACUGGGAUUAGUCUGUGUGUGUGUUUGGGGAUGGAUUAAAGGGAGGGGAAAAUAAAGUGUCACUCUAGGCCUGAAGUCUUAACUGCCAACUCUAAA